CAAUUUUGGCAACUAGAUAAAACCUACGACCAUGAGUCUUUACUUCUUUAUUAACAAUUAUAUACGUAGACCUAAACCUUGUAAUUUCGCUAUGCAAAUAAUUGUUAGAUCUAUUCUACACAAAAAUGAUCGAACUAAAGCAAUUAAUGUUGGUACAAUGGAUCAUGUGGCGACGGAAGUGGAAACGAUAAUGGGUGUCGACAACAAAAGUUACGAUCCUCACGAUACAGGAUUUCAAUCUCGAAAAAAAUUAACCCAGUUCAUGGCAAAAAAUCAAAAAGAAUUACCAAUAAGAACAAUAGAUGACAGUUUUGUGUACGCAACCAUACCGUUAUCGAGUGAUCCGCAAAUACGUAUUAAAUACACUGCAAUUAUGGGCACCAUCCGAAUUGGGCGAUUGCUUGAGGAUAUGGAUAUGUUUGCCGUUUAUGUGUGUUUGAGGCAUAUACUCAAUCCAAAGAUGCCAAAAAACGAGCCCACUCCAUACAUAGUAGUUACAGUUCUUGUGGAUAAAAUUAAUUUAACCUCUGUCAUUACAAAGCAUGAUAAGGACAUACGAAUUUUUGGCCACAUUACUUGGGUAGGGACUUCUUCUUUAGAAGUGGUAGUAUGGUUAGAGCAAUUGGAUGGCAAACAAAGUCAUUUACUGUUGAGCGCUGUUUUUAUGAUGGCAGUCCGAGAAUCCACCACCAUGAAAGCGGCUAUAAUCAACGCGGUUAAAGCUACAACACCGGAAGAACAAAAAUUAAUCGACGGCGGCAAAAUCAGAAAAGAAGAAAGAAUUCGUACUCUCGCCAAGCAACUAACGAAGGUUAUUCCGAACGAAAAAGAACAGGAAAUACUUCACGAGCUCUUUAUGCGCACCUUAAAUGUCAAUGAAGGUGUGUUUUUAAAACAAGUACUACCUUCGAACUGCGACUGGAUGGAAAAAUACACGUUGUCAAAUUUAAUAGUGGUUCAUCCCGAGCAUCGAAAUUUGCACAAUAACGUUUUCGGUGGUUUCAUCAUGCGCGCGGCGUUGGAAGUGAGCUUCGGAUUGGGAUACCUUUUCACCAAUUCUCGACCACUAUUUAAGACAAUAUCGGAUAUCAACUUCAAUAAACCAAUUUCCCUCAAUUCGUUAAUACACAUGCACGCCUAUCUUGUUUGCACGAAGGGAAAGUUUUAUCAGAUCAGCGUCCAUACCAACACGUGGGACACAAAAGCCGCGCAAAAUUUUACGUCUAACACUUUUCACUUCACAUACGAAUCAGUAAGCAAUGUUAAAGAGAUAUUCCCUAAAACGUACCGAGAAUCUAUGACGUAUAUUGAUGGAUAUAGGCAGUUGGUAGCAGCAAUUAAUUCCCAUGACCGCACACUUUAA